AUGCCGCGGGAACGGCCGCAGAGCUCCCGGCACUCCAAGCUGGAGAAGGCCGACAUCCUGGAGAUGACCGUCAAGCACCUGCGGAGCCUCCAGCGAGCCCAGAUGACCGCUGCGCUGAGCACAGACCCCACGGUGCUGGGCAAGUACCGCGCCGGCUUCAGCGAGUGCAUGAACGAGGUGACACGGUUCCUCUCCACCUGCGAGGGCGUCAACACUGAGGUGCGCACCCGGCUCCUGGGCCACCUGGCCAGCUGCAUGACCCAGAUCAACGCCAUGAACUACCCUGCGCCCCCCCCACCGCCCCCGCUGCCACCAGCCGCAGCCUUCGGGCCACCCCUGGUGCCACCGGGCAGCGGCACGGGGCCGCUCCCGGGCAUGCCCUGCAAGCCGGGCACCGACGCAGCCAAGGUGUAUGGUGGCUUCCAGCUGCUGCCGGCUUCUGAUGGGCAAUUUGCCUUCCUCAUCCCCAGCACUGCCUUUGCUCCUGGCGGUGCUGUGCUGCCCCUGUACGGCGGGCCACCCCAGGCGGCCCCCAUGCCACUGGCCUCACCGCCUGGCCCGCCACCUGGCACGGCCGACUCGGUCUGGAGACCCUGGUGAGGGUGGUAGGCAUCGGACUGAACUGAGCACUGCACCCCGUGCUGCUGGCACGGCUGUACAUAGGUUAUAUGUUCAUAUUGGAUUGUGCCUUUGUACCAUAGCACUCCCUUGACAGUGUUUCGUGUUUUACACGAGAUCUUUUUUCUCCCUUCCCUCCCCUUCCUUAUGUGACAC